GAUUUAAUAACUUUAAUGUUACUAUUAUUUAUAUAUUUGGUUAUUUAAACGUUAAAUACUUUUACAAGCUUAUGCUUAGAUUUAGUUUGAACGACAAUGUGGAAUGUACUGGGGAUUUUACUGCUGAUCUGCGGCGUACCAAAGCUCAAUUGUUCCCGUUUCACAAAUGUUGAAUGCAAAGUGUUGGAUGCAUCUUAUGUUAAUUUCAAUCUUUGUGAUCUCAAUGUGUUGGGUCGUGGAAUUGUUGCAUUAAACAUACAUGCAGUGAUAUUGAAAGAACCCUUAAAAGUUGCAAAGGUGAAUCUUAGUCUUUGGCGAAAAUUCAAUGGAUAUCGUCCAUUUAUGUUCAAUACCACAUACGAUUUUUGUAGGUUUAUGGAUAGUGGAAGGCACACAUUGUCCUUUGAAAAAAUAAUUAUGGAUGCUUUUGUCGAACAAUCGAAUAUUAAUCAUUCAUGUCCGUAUGAGAGUUUUAUUGUACGAAAUUUGGUGUUCGAGAAUAAACUUUUCAAAUACAUGCCUUUGCCGACAGGGGAAUAUAAGAUUCGAAUAAUGGCGAAAGCCAACAACGAUUGGAAAGCAAUUGUUCAAGUUUAUAUAACAAUUAAAGAAGAUAUUUAAGAAUAUUUAAAGAAAUGUAUACGGAACUGGCUGUAGAUAAUAAACAAUCAGCACAAAAUAUAUGUUGGCAGAUUAAAGGAAUAUAUCAAAGAAAAUAA